AUGCCCUCCCCCUACGAACGCCACACCAACUUCCACCCCCUCGACAUCAUCGACGAGCGAGUCCUCCGCCACGGCGGCAAAGUCGAAGACCACCACAUCUCCCAAUACCGCUCCCGCGUCAAAGUCUCUCAACGUAACAUGGGAGAACUCAGCCUCAUCACACACCUGACGCGAGUGCAGUACGGCUACUACCGCAGCUCGCCGGCAGCGCUUAUCGGCUUUCGGUUCCAGUUUCUAGGAUCUAAUCCACAUUGGCGGUUCCAGAAGGCGGAUAUCAAGAUUACUUUCGCAUCGAGCGAUGUGAGUGUGAAGGAUGCUGCGCAGGAUCCUGUAGUGGUGGAUUUUGGACCGAAGCAUCUGGCCAGUGAGGGGACGGAGGAGAAGAGGAGUUGGGAGGAUCCACGCCAAACCGACGGCCUACCGCUUCAGUUCGACGCCGCCGUGAUCGUCAAGUACAACUGCCCCUUCUCAGCAGCUGUCGAUGUGAAAAUCGGACCUGUCUUCUAUCUACUUGCGAGGCCUUAUCCAGCAGCCGAGCCGGUUAGGUUCCAGCCUGGGAUUGAAUAUGGAGAUUCAAUACGGGAUGGUGUUGUGGAUUUUGAGAGUCUUACGCAGGAAGAGUGGCGAAGGAUGGUCACACCGGACUUGGAUCUCGCGCAGCCGGUGCUGAACUCGACAGCGCCUACAACGCCGCUGAAGAAGGAAGAGUAG